AUGAUGGAAAGUGCUGCGCUAGUGGCGAGUAUGAAAGUUUCAGCUUUGGGUCUGGUUGAGCGAUGUGCCAUUGUCAGCGAGACGAUGCUCACGGCGAUCAAAGAUUGCGAUGGAAAGCUACCGCCCAUGAUGCAGGGCAACAUCUCCCAGCUUAUGAGGGCAUUGGACAAGAACCAGAAGCUCCUAUCCGACCUCGCAUCUCUUUCCAAAUUCCAACUCUGGCGCAAGUCUGGUGAGAUUGGAGACAAGAUCUCAGACGCCAACGAGAACGUUGCCCUCUUGAUGAAACUCUUCGACGCGCUGACUAGUCUCAUGUCGAUCAAAUCUCAAAUUACCAUCGCCAACAUGCUGCAAGCGUCGGGAGAACAGUGGAAGAAGGAUUACAAGGAUCUCCGAACGGUCAUACGCGAGAACCGGUUGGACGGCAAAGAGGAGAACGAGGAUAUCAGGAAAGAGUUGGACGAGAUCAAGGAGAUGAUGAGCCAGAUGUUUGCGCAGUCUCCUACUACCAAAAACGGGGCCAACUUCGGUCGUCAGCACAACGUUUUCGAAUCGCCGAAGCUUCCAGGCCGGCGGCUUGGCACAAUCUGA